CAAGUAGGUCAGGUGGAGAGACUACAACAGCAUCCCACACUAGUCCAGACUAGGAGGGGAAGAAACGGACAAAGUGGGUGGGUAGAGUUCGGCUGCCAAUACGUGUAGUUGUACUUAAUGGAUAUGGUGAUGAGGAACAAUGUUUCCACAGCCAUUGGCAUUUGCGAGCAAAUUAAAAGAUGACUAUUUUUUCUUAAAGUAGUCUGUGAGUUAUGAAGGAAAAUGUAAAAAAAAAAAAAAAAACAAGGUACAACUGCCCCCGGUUUCCCCUAUUUGGCCUCAAUGCAUUAGUGGAUGUUUCUUAGACAUCCUAAAUGGAUGGUCAGAUUAAAUACAUAGAUGCAAGAAAGUGACACUGGACAUACUAUCACACAACGACUUUUAAUUUGAAAAUGCCAAACACAAUUGCUAUCUUCCGGCACACGUCUUUUGCAAAUAACGUCACUUGUUAUACGGAAAUUAGUAAAAUGUCUGUUUGCAAGCCGUCUCUAAGUGUUUGUGUCGUGGCAAUUUUAUUCUUUUGCUGUAUUUCAUGGAAACAUUCCAUAAUAGGUGUGAGAGAUGCCAUUUUUCUGGCAGGGAGAACUUUUCUACUGUUGUGCUUUAUCCCCUUGGCAUCAUAUUUUUAUCCGCGAAUGAAAGCCCUCCUUUUUCCACCUCCACCACGUCCACAACUUGAAGAACCAGAGGAUCCCGACACUAAGCUGAAACAAGAAACUGCAAGAUCGGAGCAACAGGCAAAGUUAAACAAAAAGGCGUCCGACUACCAAGAGCAUGUGCAAAAGCCAAAGCAGGAGACUCUCCAGAGAAAGAAGGAGGAACACUUUUACCGCAUGACUGGAGCAGCCUGGAAACUGACUGAAGGGGAAACCGUAGGGGAAGGUGAGUCGUGUGAUCACGAGGAGGUUCACGAGGAAGAGGGAGAGACAGCCCUGCAGAGGGCCAUCCGAAGGAGAAGGCUGCCAGCUUCGGUCUCCCAGCAACCUGUCCAAAUAGACCCCCCUCUGGCUAAAAGAGUUAUUGUUUUGCCGGACGAACCACCAGUAGAUGCAGAAGGGGCUGUAAAUGUGGCGUUAAGAUGUCUAAGCGGGAGAACUGUUUACAGGAGGUUUCUGAAGUCCCAUCCAUCUACUGUCCUUGUGGACUGGAUGUUUAAGACCGGGUACCAUCCGACAAUCUACGCAGUCUGCACGCCCUAUCCACGGAAACUGUUAAUCACAGAGGCACACCUGACAUUGGAGGACAUUGGUAUUGUGCAUCACACUGUGCUCAAUGUGGAGGAGAAAGACCCAUCCACAACAUAAGGAAAGACACUCAACGCAGACACUCAGCCCUCUCCAAGACACUAGAGAAUGCUACUUGGUUAUAUAAAGUGUAUUUUUGUAUCCAGACGCUGCUGAAUAAUGACUAAUAAUCCUGUUUUAAGUGCCAUUCGCUACAACGACAUCCUCAGUGACUUUGGAUAUUUCAUAAUGUUUCUUGUUUAGCCGAUCAUAUUCAGAAAGAAGGGAAAAAAUGCAUGGUUUUAGUUAUUUCGCAUUAUUAUACAUUGAUGUAAGGAAAGCUCAUUUUGCUUUAAACUCACAUUACCCCUGAUCCAUAGGGGGUGUCAGCGGGCUUCGCUCUCACACGAUCUCCACUAUAGGCAUUCCAGGACCACAGCCAGCUAGCUACCAAGCCAGUCAUUCUUUAUCGGUGCAGUAAAACAAGCAUUCCAGAGGAGUGACUAGUACACUACGUGCCCGUCUGAUAGUCUCCAAGAUGUUACUUUAAGAAGCGAUAUCACUGAAACACUUUUUACACAACUGAGGUCAAUCGAUUAUAAAGAGCUGUAAAAAGAUGAUAUUCCAAAAACAAUUUGUAAAUUGUGUUCUGUAAUUUAUCUGUGUGCUUGACAGGGCAAUUGAGACCCUGUACAGUUGUUCUCAUCAGGUUAAUAAGUCUCCUGGACGUUUCUGCGCUUUAUGUCAAGGAUACUUAUUCUGCCACAUGGGAUUAAAGGAGUAUCAGUCAACAACGAAUAGGCGACAGGUUUUUACCCAGUUUAGAAUUGAAAAGAACAAAGUUCAGCAGGUCCCGUAGAGAAAGCCUCAUUAAUUAU